AUGGAAGAUGGGUCACAGCCAAAAUAUGACAGAGUCAAGGAAGUGAAGGAGUUUGAUGAAACAAGAGCUGGAGUUAAAGGCCUUGUAGACUCAGGGGUAACAAAAGUCCCAAGGUUCCUCAUCCAUCCACCACAGAGCCUUUUAAGUUCAACCACAGCCAAUAUACAAUUCCAAGUUCCAGUCAUAGAUUUUGAUGGCUUUGAUCAUGAUUUUCGGCGUGUGCAGAUUGUCAAGGAAAUUCAAGAAGCAUCCGAAACAUGGGGUUUCUUUCAAAUGAUCAAUCAUGGAGUUCCAGACAGGGUUAUAGGCAAUAUGAUAGAAGCAAUUCGACAGUUUCAUGAGCAGCCAGAGGAGGUGAAGAUGGAGUUGUAUUCCCGAGACUCUAAGCAAAGAGUUAGAUUUUACUGCAAUGGAGAUCUGUUGGUAUCAAAAGCAGCAAACUGGAGAGAUUCAAUAGGCUUUGAUUUCCAGGACGGACCAUUGGACCCCGAGUCAUUUCCCUCUGUUUGCAGAGAGCCCGUGCAAGAGUACAUGAAACACUUGAUCAACCUAAGAGAGGUGAUAUCAGGUUUGUUGUCAGAGGCCUUGGGGCUUAGUUCGGAUCACCUGGAACGCAUAGAGUGCAUGAAGACUGAAAAUCUGGUAUGCCAUUAUUACCCAAGCUGUCCAGAACCAGAGCUGACCCUUGGGGCAACCAAGCAUUCAGAUCCAUCCUCUUUGACUGUGCUCUUACAAGACAAUCUUGGUGGCCUACAAGUCCUCCAUCAAGGUCACUGGGUUGAUGUUCCUCCAGCUCAUGGAGCUCUGGUGGCCAAUAUUGGUGAUCUAAUGCAGCUUAUUACUAAUGACAGGUUCAAAAGUGUGGAGCACAGGGUACUGGCUGGAAGAGUGGGGCCGAGGAUAUCAGCUGCAUGUUUUUUCUAUCCAAGUGCUACACAUAGAUUUAAACCCUAUGGGCCAAUUAAGGAGUUUGUGUCUAACAACCUACCUAUAUACAGGGAAACUCAUGUUGGAGAAUAUCUUGCCUAUUACAAGUCAAAGGGAUUAGAUGGUAACUCUGCCCUUACUCAUUUUAAAUUAGCCUAA